AUGGUCCCUGCACCGAGUUGCGCGUAUACGUGGGACUAUUGGACGUCCUCCACGUCCGACCACGUCGAGCUGAUAUGUCUGAUGCCAAACUCCGUGUAUAUACCUCUCACAGUGAGCUGGGAUGCUACUUUGCAGGAUGUCAAGGAGGAACUAUGGGAUCUGGCAGGGAAGUUUCCACUAUUUGGGAUGCUUCAUGAAAUGUCGGGCUAUGUAUUCCAAUUUAUCAACUCGUUAGCUGUAACUGAAGAAGUGGAUGAUGAGAAUAAGAGGCUACGAGACAUAAAGCCAGUAUGUGGAGUGCUUGUUAUUAUUGAACGGUCUAUUGAGAGACCUGGUGAACAUUUGUUAAAUACACACAUCAGCAAUUUGAUUGGCAAAGGAUUAAAUGAAUUCGACAGCCUGCGGAGUUCUGAGGUAAAUGAUUUUCGGAUGCGAAUGCGUUACCUCGCGGAGGAGAGUAUGAAUAAAAGAGCACUGAGUACUCGUCUGGAAAGGCUUAGAUAUCGAUGUCCACCUAGACUUGCAGAUAGUCCGUCUGUACCAACAACCCUUAUAAGUCACCUGAAUAACAACUGUUUUAUACUUGUCACUAAAGUCGCCAAUACAGAGUUCUCGUUUACCUCAAAUGUGCCAGUAUCACGUACACCUCAACAGCAUAUAGACAUGAUAUUAAAGAAGAAGGUGAAUUCCCUUAACAUGAGGGGCGAAGACCCUCGCAACUAUGUACUGAAGGUUUGCGGCCGCGAGGAGUACCUAUUUGGGAAGGAGCCACUCAUUCAGUUCCUAUAUAUACAAGAGAUGCUCGCGAAAGAUGGCGUGCCGCAGGUCAUGACCGUGAGCACGGACAAAUUAACACUCGGCUGUGAUAACCCUGUGGAAAGGAGGCCACUGCCUCCAGAUUACUCUAACACAAUACGUAAAAAGAAGAACAACCAUGAAUCUUCCUGGAAUAUAGACAAAAACUAUACUUGCAUGGUGCAGAGUGUGGGUGGACUGAACGUGGAUCCCGGACGACUUGUGGAGGUUGUGUGUCAAGCUGGCAUCUUUCAUGGAGGCAAGGCGUUAUGUGAAGCUCAGAAGACGCGAGUCGCCCCAGUCUCCAAAGAGGGCGUGGCGCUAUGGGAUGAAGAGCUCACGUUUCCUAUUAAAGUUUAUAAUAUGCCACGAAUGGCAAGGCUUUGUUUUGUUAUAUAUGAAAUAUCCAAGACCAAAGGAAAACGGAGAGGGAAAGACUCUAAGGACUCAAUAAACAAGUUGGCGUGGGCGAACACUAUGAUAUUUGACUACAAGGAGCAGCUACGUACGGACGGGCUGACGCUGUUCAUGUGGACGCACGUAGCUGACGAAACACAGGGCGAUGACUGGCUACUUCACCCGCUAGGCACUGUCGUCUCCAACCCCAACACAGACUCCUGCGCAGCGCUGCAAGUGCGCUUCUCCAAUUUUGACUGCCAGUUCCCGAUACUGUUCCCAAAACAAGAGACAGUAAAAGCCUACGCGGACGACAUUGAACUAGGCUCACCUGACGUCAUUGCGCGACUCAGCCGAGACUUUGAACAGCUUCGAGCGACGGCUGAAAAAGAUCCUAUGUAUGAAAUGCACGAACAAGAGAAAAAAGACAUUUGGGCUUCUAGGGAGUACUUCCGCGUGGAAGCGCCGGAGCUGCUGCCGAAGCUGCUGUCGUGCGUGGAGUGGGGCGAGCGCGCGGAGGCGGCGAGCGUGGCGCAUAUGGUGGCGGGCUGGCCGCUGCUGCGCGUCGAGUGCGCGCUCGAGCUGCUCGACUCCGCCUACGCGGACGCCGCCGUGCGCAGCUUCGCCGUGAAGUGCCUGGCAGAGAUCAGCGCAGAUGAGUGCAUACGCUCACACCUCGUCGAAGUGCAUGUGAGUAUACACGCUCACACCGUCGCAGCGCAGGUGAGUGCACAAUCACACCUCGCCGCAGCGCAGGUGAGUGCACAAUCACACCUCGUCGCAGCGCAGGUGAGUGCUACACUCACACCUCGUCGCAGCGCAGAUGAGUGCAUACGCUCACACCUCGUCGAAGUGCAUGUGAGUAUACACGCUCACAGCGUCGCAGCGCAGGUGAGUGCACAAUCACACCUCGCCGCAGCGCAGGUGAGUGCACAAUCACACCUCGUCGCAGCGCAGGUGAGUGCACAAUCACACCUCGCCGCAGCGCAGGUGAGUGCACAAUCACACCUCGCCGCAGCGCAGGUGAGUGCAACACUCACACCUCGUCGCAGCGCAGGUGAGUGCACACUCACACCUCGUCGCAGCGCAGGUGAGUGCACACUCACACCUCGUCGCAGCGCAGGUGAGUGCACAAUCACACCUCGCCACAGCGCAGGUGAGUACACAAUCACACCUCGUCGCAGCGCAGGUGAGUGCACACGCUCACACCUCGUCGCAGCGCAGGUGAGUGUACACUCACACCUCGUCGCAGCGCAGGUGAGUGCACACUCACACCUCGCCGCAGCGCAGGUGAGUGCACACUCACACCUCGUCGCAGCGCAGGUGAGUGCACACUCACACCUCGUCGCAGCGCAGGUGAAUGCACACUCACACCUCGUCGCAGCGCAGGUGAGUGCACAAUCACACCUCGCCGCAGCGCAGGUGAGUGCACAAUCACACCUCGUCGCAGCGCAGGUGAGUGCACACUCACACCUCGUCGCAGUGCAGGUGAGUGCACAAUCACACCUCGCCGCAGCGCAGGUGAGUGCACACUCACACCUUGUCGCAGCGCAGGUGAGUGCACACGCUCACACCUCGCCGCAGCGCAGAGAUGAAAACCUACUUCUCUACUUACUACAACUGGUCCAAGCUUUGAAACACGAAUCCUACUUGAUGUGCGACCUCUCCGUGUUCUUACUUCAACGGGCCUUCAGUAACAUGACCAUUGGUCACUUUCUUUUUUGGCAUUUGAGGUCGGAGAUGCACGUGCCCGCCGUGUCGGUGCGCUUCGGGCUGAUGCUGGAGGCGUACUGCCGCGGCUGCCAGGACCACAUCAACAGCCUCAUGCGCCAGAUCACUUGCCUCGACAAACUUAAAUGGGCCAGUCAGUGUGUCCGAAAGAAGAAGGAAAUAUCAAAAGCACGAGCAGCGUUGCACCAACAUCUACAGGAGCAACAUUGCAUGGAAACACUGUGUGACUUUGUAUCACCCCUAACACCUAGUUUAAUCUGUAAGAAAAUUAAACCAGAGCGAUGUCGGGUAAUGGACAGCAAAAUGCGACCUCUGAUGUUGGAAUUCGAAAACGUAGAUCCCACCGGCUCGGACAUACGGAUCAUCCUGAAGAUUGGCGACGAUCUGCGGCAAGAUAUGUUCACACUUCAAAUGCUGCGGAUUAUGGACAGAUUGUGGAAGAACGCUGGAUACGACUUUAGGUUGAACCCGUACAACUGUAUAUCGAUGGAGUACGCCGUGGGAAUGAUCGAAGUCGUAGACGACGCGGAGACGGUCGCCAACAUUCAGAAGCAGAGUGCCCUCUUCAAUGCAGCUUCCACUAUAUACAAGGCCAAUCUGUUUCAAUGGUUAAAAAAGCAAAAUCCAACUGAGAGUGGUUUCAAUAAGGCCGUGGAAGAGUUCACCAUGAGCUGUGCAGGCUACUGCGUCGCCACGUACGUGCUGGGCAUCGCCGACAGGCAUCCUGACAAUAUUAUGGUCAAGAAGUGUGGACAGCUUUUCCAUAUAGAUUUCGGCCACUUUCUUGGGCACUUCAAGCAGAAGUACGGGUUCAAACGAGAGCGUGUGCCCUUCGUUCUAACGCACGACUUUAUUCACGUCAUAAAUAAGGGGCAGCGAGGAUCCGGAGUUAAUGAAGCACUCGACUUUAAGAUUUUUAAAGAACAUUGUGAGACUGCCUUCAAAAUUCUCCGAAAACACGGUCAUCUGAUCUUAUCCCUGUUUUCAAUGAUGAUCUCCACUGGUCUACCCGAGCUUAGGUCGGAGAAGGAUCUGCAAUAUCUCAGAGAAACUUUGGUAAUGGAUUUAUCCGAAGAAAAAGCACUGGAGCACUUCCGGCUAAAGUUUAUAGAGGCAGUGAAGAACUCGUGGAAGGCGUCAGUGAACUGGGCAAUACACAACAUCGACAAGAACAACUGA